UCUCUAUUUCAGCAAAAAAAAAAAAAAAAGCGAUCACAGAGAGAGAGAAUCAGAGGGAGAGAGUGGAAAUUCCAUCGCUGUGAGGACCGUACGCGUAAGGCUGGGAAUUGAUGAAGAAGAAGGAAGAGACUGCAUUGAUUUUGCGAUGAAGAUUGGUCCGAAUCCGUGAGAUUCACGCAAAUCCAAUCCCUCAGAUCGAUUGGCUCUGCAUUGAUUUCUCUUCUCUCUUUCUCUGCUCGUUUCCUAGUCGAUUUUUUUGGAAUAAACAAAUGAACGGCGGCGGAGAGGGCCUCGCGGCUCCGGCGACGUCAGGGGCGGCCGUAUCGCCGCUCGAGUGGAAGUUUUCGCAGGUAUUCGGAGAAAGGACCGCUGGCGAAGAAGUUCAGGAAGUUGAUAUAAUAUCCGCUAUUGAAUUUGAUAGAACUGGGGACCACCUUGCCACUGGAGAUCGUGGAGGCCGGGUGGUUUUAUUUGAAAGAACUGAUGUAAAGGAUCAUGGUGGACACCGGAGAGAUCUGGAGAGAAUGGAUUAUUCAAUCAGUAGGCAUCCUGAGUUCCGCUAUAAAACCGAAUUCCAGAGUCAUGAACCCGAGUUUGAUUAUCUUAAGAGCUUGGAAAUUGAGGAAAAAAUCAACAAGAUCAGAUGGUGUCAAACAGCUAAUGGUGCACUGUUUCUCCUCUCCACUAAUGACAAAACCAUCAAAUACUGGAAGGUCCAGGAGAAGAAGAUAAAGAAAGUAUGUGAGAUGAAUGUGGAUGCUUCUAAAUCUAUGGAUGCUUCUAAAUCUAUGGAAAAUGGUGCAGUUGCUAGUUCUAUGUCAGCAAGCUCAAAACCGUAUCUUGCAAAUGGAUGUAAAGACAGACCCGUCAGUUCUCCAAGCAAUGACACUUCAUUUCCAGCUCUGCACUUGCCAGUGGUAGUGACCAGUCAAGAGACGAGCCUUGUGGCUAGAUGUCGAAGAGUCUAUGCCCAUGCUCAUGACUAUCAUAUUAAUUCGAUUUCAAAUAACAGCGAUGGUGAAACUUUUAUAUCAGCUGAUGACCUUCGAAUUAAUCUUUGGAACCUAGAGAUUAGCAAUCAAAGUUUUAAUAUUGUUGACGUGAAGCCGGCAAACAUGGAGGAUCUGACUGAGGUGAUAACAUCCGCGGAAUUUCACCCUACUCAUUGUAACACUUUGGCAUACAGUAGCUCAAAAGGCUCAAUUCGUCUUAUAGAUCUGCGGCAGUCAGCUUUAUGUGACACUCAUAGCAAAUUGUUUGAAGAACAAGAAGCGCCCGGCUCAAGAUCUUUUUUCACUGAAAUAAUAGCAUCAAUUUCAGAUAUUAAGUUUGCUAAGAACGGAAGACAUAUACUAAGUCGGGAUUACAUGACUCUUAAGUUAUGGGACAUCAACAUGGAUUCUGGCCCAGUUGCCACUCUCCAGGUUCAUGAACAUCUAAGACCAAAGCUCUGUGAUUUAUACGAAAAUGAUUCUAUCUUUGAUAAGUUUGAGUGCUGUCUAAGUGGAGAUGGACACCGAGUGGCAACAGGUUCUUACAGCAAUCUGUUUCGAGUGUUUGGUUGUUCUGAAGGGAGCACAGAAGCAACAACAUUGGAGGCCAGCAAAAACCCCAUGAGGAGACAAGUUCAAAUGCCAGCAAGGCCUUCUAGAUCUUUGGGCAACCUUCCUCGUGUUCUCAGGCGAGGUGCAGAUAACUCUGGAGCUGACACAAACGGAAAUUCUUUUGACUUCACAACAAAGUUGCUACAUCUUGCAUGGCACCCUUCUGAGAAUUCAAUCGCCUGUGCUGCUUCAAACAGCCUUUACAUGUAUUAUGCGUAAAAAUAGUACGGAAAGUUGUAUGUCUUGGCCGGCAAAGCUCUUCUGAUUUCUAUUGACAAAAGGCUGCUUUGCCUUCUUCUCCGGCUAGUGAUGUUAAGCUGCACCCUACCUAACUGCAAAAUGAGGAAGCAUUUUUGCUGAUGUCAACAUUUUCAAGAAGAAAGUAGUAUCUGCCCCUCACAUACAGGCGAUACCUUGCUGUUUAUGGUAACUCGGAAGGAGGAUGCUGUAGUCCUAAUUGUGUCUUGUUAGUUGAAGAGAUGGGAUAUUAGCUCAUCCGCCUACCGAAAGAAUACCUUUGCUGCCACAGUAGAAACCAAUUGGGUCCUAUAUCGUGAAGCUGGGAGAAGCUGUAGUGGUGCCAUCAACACUCAUUGAUACCGGGGCCUUCAACCUUGUAUUAUUUGAAGUAAAGUUAAAAGGGUUUGUGAAACUUUUAUCACUGUUUUUAUUCUAACCAUUCUUUCCCCCUCUUUCAGAGUCUGCUGAUUUUCUUUGUUUAGCAAGUAUCGGUUCCUUUGGACAGUGAAGGCUCCAUGUUAGACAUUGUUUCGACAGUUUCACUGGGAAUCAAAGAUUUGUCGGUCUUAAUUUGUCUGGUUAUCGGGUGUUUAUUGUUUUAGGUAAAUGUUUUUGGUGUAGGCAAACUGAUCAUCUCUAUAUUGUACGAGGUUCGGUCAUAAUUUCGAAGCAUAUGGACUAGUUUUGGUGAAUUAGGUGCUUCCUUCAUUUAGUUUGUGUUGACAUUAGUAUAUAGCCCUUGGGGGCUAGGAAUUUGUAACAAACUUUUCUCUUGUUCUUAAACCACUAUUUUAUCAAGUAUAUGGUGAACUUUCCUCUUUUAGUU